CAAGAACACAUACUGCAACACAGCCAUGCAAAUUUAGUGCCUAAACCUGCUAGACAGUAGGGACAAUUUUAAGGAGGGAAGAAAAAACUACCAUAACAAUGUUGUCUUUGCAAGUCUGUCAACUGUGAACUGCAUGUGAGGGGAAAAUGUAAAAUUAAAUGUACCAAGAGAACUGCUUUCUUUCACUACUGGUAACAGGUCAUUUUAAUCAGAUGGGGAUGUUGGUGGUGGCGUGGUAGCCACAUGUCAUUAUGUUAUAUAACAUCACACACAUUUUGGACAGUGAGUUUCUAUUAAGUUUUUAAAUAUUAUCUAAUGUCAUAUAUCAAAGGUGAAUUAAAGCCAAUGUGCCCUGUUUUCCUGGACUCAUUUCUAAUAAAGGACCAAAGAGCAGUUACCUCUCAGCAUAAAGCUGACACACCACAGUGCAUCCAGUGAUCAUUUUUUCCAGUCUGGAAAAUUGCUGAUUGAAAGAGAAAAGGGAACAUGACAGUCAGCUCAGCCAAUAUCAGGAUCACCAGGAGGAUCCCCGGUUGCAGAUGGGAACUCACAGAAGGUGCUUCUCUUACACAAGACAAUCACAACAUUGCAGGUGUGUGGAAGUGUACAGAUGGGAUGUUGACUGGAAGUGGCGAUGCUUGCAGAAGUGCAGUGGGUGCUGGCAGUGAAAUGUAAGCUAGCCCUGUAAUAAAAGCUCCUGGGAAUGCAGAGGAUGCCUCAGCAUUAGGCAUUCUCCUCGUGUUUCACAUAAAUGCAUACUGUUCUCAGGAGCAGAUGAGCGGUGCGUUUGCACUGGCUCAUUCAAAUUGAAUGUUGGUAAAAGGAGAGUCCUCAGCAAACAGAGCAGUUUGGCAUCUUUGAAGGCUAGGAGCAAGGUUAAGCGGCCAGCCGUGUUCUCUGCUGUUUAUUGGAUGUUUAUUUGCUGGCCUCAGUGCACACCUAAGGUACGUUGCAAAGAGGCACCGAUAGGGCGGCUGAUGCCUGCAUGGCACAGGUGCCCAUGCACUUUUCCCCAGGCUCUUUUGGGCACUAAAGUUCAAGGCUUCAUAUGUGGCUUCACAUGUUGUCCCCUAACUUGCCAUGGCUAAUGUUUUGCUGGAAGAGAAAGCUCCUCUGGAGAGGCAGUUUAUAUUGUAUUUUUUCUUUUGUUCUUCUUUUUUAAUGCUGUAGCUUUAAUUUUGUCACAGCAAGGGUAAGAGAGAGAGAGCCUGUAGAGGGCUUUUUGCAACAUGCUUUUCAAUUAGUUUUAAAGGGAGCAGAGCAUCAACAGCUGCAGUGCUCACUCAUUCUCCAGUCAUGUGCUAUGAGGAAUAAAGACACUGUAGGGCAGUGAACCUGAACUUGGCCCAUUCAUCCAUACUGCAUUGAAUGAUUGCAUGGAGUGGAGUCAGAUGCCACUUGGGGGUGAAGAGCAUGCCUCAUCUUGCAUUCCUGCUGGAUACAUUAGGAAGGACCCUUGACAGAAUCCAGUAAUUAAAAGCCACAGGACGAAGUCUUCAGGCUGGCCACCUCCCUCAGGAACCUGGGGCUUGAACCAGGUGCCACCCUAUGGAUGGGAGAUGAUGACAAACCGAGAUGGGCGAGACUACUUCAUCAAUCACAUGACACAAGCAAUUCCAUUUGACGACCCUCGGUUAGAAAGCUGCCAAAUCAUCCCUCCAGCUCCCCGGAAGGUGGAGAUGAGGAGAGACCCUGUGCUGGGUUUUGGUUUUGUGGCAGGGAGUGAAAAACCAGUGGUCGUUCGCUCAGUAACACCAGGUGGCCCCUCAGAAGGCAAACUGAUCCCAGGAGAUCAGAUUGUAAUGAUUAAUGAUGAGCCAGUCAGUGCUGCACCCAGGGAGCGGGUCAUUGACCUGGUCAGAAGCUGCAAAGAAUCAAUACUCCUCACUGUCAUUCAGCCUUACCCUUCUCCCAAAUCAGCAUUUAUUAGUGCUGCAAAAAAGGCAAGAUUAAAGUCCAAUCCUGUCAAAGUGCGAUUCUCUGAGGAGGUAAUCAUCAACGGCCAAGUGUCGGAAACUGUUAAGGACAAUUCACUUCUUUUUAUGCCAAAUGUUUUGAAAGUCUAUCUGGAAAAUGGGCAGACCAAAUCAUUCCGCUUUGACUGCAGCACCUCCAUCAAGGAUGUCAUCUUAACCCUUCAAGAGAAGCUCUCCAUCAAAGGCAUCGAGCACUUCUCCCUCAUGCUGGAGCAGAGGACGGAAGGGGCUGGCACCAAGCUGCUCUUACUUCAUGAACAGGAGACACUUACUCAGGUGACACAGAGGCCCUGUUCCCAUAAGAUGAGGUGUCUUUUCCGAAUUAGCUUUGUCCCAAAGGAUCCAAUUGACCUGUUAAGGAGAGAUCCAGUUGCUUUUGAGUAUCUCUAUGUUCAGAGCUGUAACGAUGUGGUUCAGGAGCGAUUUGGUCCGGAGCUGAAAUACGACAUAGCCCUGCGGCUGGCCGCCUUACAAAUGUACAUCGCAACAGUUACCACCAAGCAGACGCAGAAAAUAUCGCUCAAAUACAUCGAGAAAGAAUGGGGAUUAGAGACUUUUCUUCCCUCUGCUGUGCUGCAAAGCAUGAAAGAGAAGAACAUAAAGAAAGCACUUUCACACCUUGUCAAAGCAAAUCAAAACUUGGUACCACCGGGUAAAAAGCUCUCUGCACUACAAGCCAAGGUUCACUAUCUCAAGUUCCUCAGUGACCUGCGACUGUAUGGGGGCCGUGUGUUCAAGGCAACGUUAGUGCAGGCAGAAAAGCGUUCAGAAGUGACACUCCUGGUUGGGCCACGGUAUGGCAUAAGCCAUGUCAUAAAUACCAAAACCAAUCUGGUGGCACUUUUAGCUGACUUCAGCCAUGUCAACAGGAUCGAAAUGUUUACUGAAGAGGAGAACUUGGUGAGGGUGGAGCUCCAUGUGCUAGAUGUGAAGCCCAUCACACUCCUGAUGGAAUCCUCAGAUGCCAUGAACCUGGCCUGCUUGACAGCUGGAUACUACAGGCUGCUGGUAGAUUCCAGGAGGUCGAUAUUUAACAUGGCCAACAAGAAAAAUGCAGGGACCCAGGACACAGGAGCUGAAAAUAAGGGAAAGCCUAACCUCCUUGGCCCAGAUUGGAACUGUAUGCCUCAAAUGACCACCUUCAUUGGCGAAGGGGAACAAGAAGCUCAGAUAACAUAUAUAGAUUCAAAACAGAAGACAGUUGAGAUUACAGACAGCACCAUGUGUCCAAAGGACCACCGGCACUUGUAUAUAGACAACACCUAUAAUCCAGAUGAACUUAACCAGCAGUUGACACAGCCUGGUGAUGCUCCCUGUGAGGCAGACUACAGAAGUCUAGCCCAGCGGUCCCUGAUGACCCUCUCAGGACCAGAAACUUUAAAGAAAGCACAGGAAUCUCCGAGAGGAGCUAAAGUGUCCUUUAUUUUUGGAGAUCUUGCCUUGGAUGAUGGUAUGAGUCCCCCAACUCUUGGCUAUGAGAGACUGUUAGAUGAGAGUCCAGAAAUGCUGGAGAAGCAGAAGAAUCUCUACAUCAGCAGUGCCAAUGACAUGAAGAACCUGGAUCUCGCUCCAGACACAGAGAGCAUCCAGUUUGUGGCAAAUUCUGUUUAUGCAAACAUAGGUGAUGUGAAAAAUUUCGAGGCCCCUGAGGGAAUAGAGGAGCCCCUCUUGCAUGACAUCUGUUAUGCAGAAAACACUGAUGAUGCAGAGGACGAGGAUGAGGUAAGCUGUGAGGAGGACCUUGUGGUGGGUGAGAUGAACCAGCCAGCCAUCCUCAAUAUGUCUGGGUCAAGUGAUGACAUCAUUGACCUCACGUCCCUGCCUCCUCCGGAAGGCGAUGACAAUGAGGAUGACUUCCUGUUACGUUCCUUGAACAUGGCCAUUGCUGCACCCCCACCUGGAUUUAGAGACAGUUCUGAUGAGGAGGACACUCAGAGCCAGGCAACGUCCUUCCGUGAAGACAAGGAGCAAGGCAGCAGCCUGCAAAACGAUGAGAUCCCCGUGUCCCUCAUCGAUGCUGUGCCCACUAGUGCUGAGGGAAAGUGCAAGAAGGGAUUGGAUAAUGCUGUCGUUUCCACGCUGGAAGCUCUAGAAGCUCUAUCUGUUUCAGAAGAACAGCAGACCAGUGACAAUUCAGGUGUAGCCAUCUUGCGGGCUUAUAGUCCUGAGUCUUCGUCAGACUCGGGCAAUGAAACUAAUUCUUCUGAAAUGACUGAGAGUUCUGAACUGGCCGCAGCACAAAAGCAGUCAGAGAGCCUCUCCCGCAUGUUCUUAGCCACUCAUGAAGGCUACCACCCCCUCGCAGAAGAGCAGACAGAGUUUCCCACCUCCAAAGCUCCUGCAGGGGCCUUGCCUCCAAAGUCCUCCCACAGCCUGGCUGCUCGCCCAGUGACCGACCUUCCGUCCAAAGUUGUGCCUUCCAAGCAGAUACUUCACUCGGACCACAUGGAGAUGGAGCCUGAAACCAUGGAGACCAAGUCGGUCACUGACUAUUUUAGUAAACUGCACAUGGGGUCGGUGGCAUAUUCAUGCACCAGCAAAAGGAAAAGCAAGCUGGCUGAGGGGGAGGGGAAAGUCCCCACAAGUGGAAACAUGCCAGGAAAAAAACAGCAGGGAACCAAAACCACAGAGAUGGAAGAGGACGCCAAAGGGAAAUUUGGUACUGUGUCUUCGAGGGACAGUCAACACCUCAGCACUUUUAAUCUAGAGAGAACUGCCUUUCGCAAGGACAGCCAAAGAUGGUAUGUGGCCCCUGAAGGUGGGGUCACAGAGAAAGGUGGACUGGAAGCAGCAGCUGGGCAAGCCUUUCCCAGAGCUUCUGGUCUUGGGGCAAGGGAGGCCGAAGGGAAAGAGGAAGGGGCUCUUGAUGGAGAAGUGAAUGAUGUUUCAGGACUUGGCCAAGGGGACCGCUUCUUAACAGAUGUGGCCUGUGUGUCUUCAGCCAAAGACUUAGAUAACCCAGAGGAUGCUGACUCACCCACCUGUGACCAUUCCUCCAAGCUUCCAGAGGCGGAAGAGGGUGUGGCCCGCCUUUGUGAUUACCACUUGGCCAAGCGGAUGUCAUCCCUGCAGAGUGAGGGCCAUUUUUCUCUACAGAGCUCUCAAGGCUCUUCAGUGGACACAGGCUGUGGUCCAGGCAGCAGCGGCAGUGCCUGUGCCACUCCUGUGGAGUCGCCCCUCUGCCCCUCCAUGGGAAAGCACUUGAUUCCAGAUGCUUCUGGGAAAGGCGUAAGUUAUAUUCCUUCAGAGGAGAGAGCCACUGGCCUUCCCAACCAUGGAGCCAACUUUAAGGAACUGCACCCACAGGCAGAAGGGAUGUGUCCGCGGAUGACAGUGCCUGCUCUGCACACAGCCAUUAAUGCCGAUCCCUUGUUUGGCACUUUGAGAGAUGGAUGCCAUCGGCUCCCCAAAAUUAAGGAAACCACAGCUUUGACAGAGCCUGGGAAGGAGAGACGAGGAGGCAUGCCUUCAGCUUGGUCUCAACAUCCUGAAGUUGAUCCCAUCCUGCUACCAUCAAACAUUCACUCGGAAUCAAAGGUGCCAAUUCCAAAUCAAGACCCUAAUGAUUUCUCCCAAGCAAAUCAGGCAUAUGGAGAGUCUGUGAGCUGGCGGCCACCAGAUCUGAGAGGGGGGAGCCUCAGGACACCCCCCAGCCAGAGGGCUCUCAGGCAUAGCAGCAGUAUCCUCUCAGGAUCCAUAGCAUUGGAGACCUUCCGAGAGAGAACCAAGGGUGCGGUCAGCUUGAAGUAUCCAGGUAUCACAGAAGCACAGGAGGCCGGUUCAGAAAGGCGAGCAGAACUCCCUCUGGGGAAGAAGCUCACCAAGAGUUUUUCCCAAAGCUCAAUGCACUUUAGCCCCGAGGGGAAGUUUCACAAAAGGUCCCCAGUGGUUCACAAAGACUCAAAGCAGUAUAGAACAUUACCCUUGCGGAAGAUGGAGGGUAGCAGUUGGAGAUGCCGAGGACCUUUCAGCUACUGUUUCCUUAACCGAGGGCAGGAUGAAGAUGGUGAUGAAGAAGAAGAGGAGGGAGAGGCCACCCUUCGGGUCUCUUGCCUCUAUCCACCCCAGAUGACUCACGCCAUGCCAGUACCAACCAGUCCAUCCCUGGCUGUUGGGAUUUGGAAGAAAGGAGGGGAGCUAACCAGAGGGUCAGUGCUGAAAGUCUGGUCAGAAGACCUGAAUGGCCCAGAUGACUUGGACUUCAGCAAUCUGGCUUUUGAUGCCCGGAUUGCAAGAAUAAGUGCACUAAAGGAGAGCACAUACACAAUGCCUGAUGGGUUCCUUGCAGCCCAAAAUGAUGCCAAUGAGCUGCUUUGCCUUGUCAGGGCAACUAAGGGGAAGAGAGAGGAGUCACGCCCUGAAACAUAUGACCUUACACUUUCUCAGUACAAGCAACUGUUAUCCAUCGAGUCCAGACAAUUGGGAAGUGCCUGUAGGAAAAUGGCGAUGGCCGAGAAAAGUCCAGAGGAGAUGCUUCUAGCUAUGACUUCCAGCUUUCAAGUGCUCUGUUGCCUAACAGAAGCUUGCAUGCGAUUAGUUAAAGUCGUGAACUCAGAAACACAGCGGCAGGAAAUUGUAGCAAAGAUCGAUGAAGUGGUCAUAAACUACAUAUGUCUCCUGAAAGCUGCAGAGGCAGCCACUGGAAAGACCACUGGGGAUCCUAAUAUUGGACUCUCAACACGACAUUCAACCACCAUGGCCGCUCUAGUAAGCACACUAACACGUUCUCUCAAGAUGCUUUUAAAUAAAUAAAUAAAUAAAUAAAUAAAUAUGAAAGUCACGUCAUAAUCUACCUUUGCAAAGCCAUACAUGAACUUUUAUUUACUUUAUGUGUACGAUGAACAGAUGUCUCCUUUCUUCUCUCUGUAUAUUUUGUUAUUUUAUAUAAAAUAGGAGAUAAAAGUUACAUUGAUGAAAUGUUGAAACGUCCUUAUCAAAUGUAUUCUGUUUAUAUUAUACAUAUAUAUAUACACAUGUAAAAGAAAUAUACGAGAAAGUGAUGACAUUUGGCUAUUUUUCAUAUAGCCAAAACUCCAAGUAUAUGAUGUGAAAUUUUAAAUUCUACCAUGUUAGAACAAAACAAGAAUCCUAUCCCCUCUCCUUCCAAGCAGAUACUUGGGGACCAUAUCAUUCAUAUUUAGAAGUAAAAACCAAAAGCAAAAAUAGAAAAGAAAUCACAAUGUAUAUAAACAGUACUUAUGUUUUAAAAUUAUGAUUUUUAAGCAUUGGAAAUAGCGAAAAGACAUUUAAAAUUCGAGAAGCUAUUAUAAAUUACUAUAGAAUAUAUAUAAUAAAUUAAUUUUUUGCUCAUAGUGUUUGGUUAUUGGAUGCUUUCUUCCAACAAUCCCACAUAUUUAAUUUUGGUUUAUGCUAUUUGGGCUGCAGAUGGGGGGGGGGUGGAUUCUGCUGUGUCAACACAAAUGCUCUUCACAGUGCUUCUAGAAUUUAAAAAAAAAAAAAAUCCCAUAUAGAAGAACGGAGAAAAUGAUGGGCAUGUUCCUAGGUAGAAUUAUGGAUUAUCUAAUUGCACAAAAUGAAUGGAAUCAAUAAUGCCAAAAUUGAAUACUGUAGUGAAUAACAAGUUCUGCUUUGACUAAAUGUCAAAAUACAUAAACCAAAGACUAUCUUCCCCUCACCCUGAUUCAUCCAUGAAGCUCAAAAUUUUAUUUAGAGUCACAGGUCAUUUGGUAAAGUAUUUGCAAAAUUACAAAAAAAAUGGUCAUGAAAAGUAAGCACAGACUCAGUAAUGUAAACCAGACCACACAGUAGCGCCUGUGAGUGAGACACAUUUCAGCUCUCAGCAGGGCUGUGCAUAGCACCUCCUCUACAGGGGUCAAGAUUGCCAAUCAGCCUAAUACCGGGACAGAAUUUCAAAUCUGGAAUGCUCCAGAAAACCAAGGAGAGACGGCUGCUCUAAUAGUAGAAGCCAUGAUUAAAUAAAUAAUAAAGUAUUUAUUAAGUACGUACUUACUCUGGUAUUUGUCUAACAUGCACAAGGCCCUGGGUUCAAUCCCCAGCACCAAAAAAAGAAAAAAAAAAGUAUUUAAUCUGGAUUGGCUGAUAGAAAUAAGAAAUCUGAAAGCAAACAAAACUGCAGAAGUGAUAAAUUUGACCAUUUCAGGUGAAACCAAUGGAAUUCAAAGAUGUUUGCAGAACUAUCAUCUCUCUAAAAAUAUAUCUAUAGGUCAAAACAAAUGGAUACAAACUCUGCAAUUCAUAAAUUAAAAUUGAUUUUGUACAUAUGUAUUUCCUGGGUCUCUCAGUGUUCAAACUAUACACACUCUUAUUUAUGUAAGUGGCUCCUUGGAAUAUGACAGAAUACCCAGUACAAAUAUUUCCAUUUUGUAGCCUACUGGGGAGGAGUCAUAACACAAUCCAUGAUUGCUAUCUCUCUCUACUGAGCCAUUCCACAGAGACUCAACAACAAAAGCCACACCACAUGUUUAUAGAUGGCAGAAAAUGAAAGGAAUUUAGGCCUGUGUUAUUAUAAAUAAUGUUUAAUUCAAUAAUAAAACAUUAUUUCAUUAUAAUUAUAAAUAUUGGUGUUUUGAUAUUGAGAGAUAUUAGUGGUGUUUACUGUGGAAAAUCCUAGUAAAUAUUCUGUGUACUAAAAUACUAACAUUAAUAGGAUGUGUGUUCUAUGUCAGACAAUGUGCUAUACAUUAUCAUAUAUAUUAUCUCAUUUAAUCUUCAGAACAAUCUUAUGGUUUGGACACUAUCAUUAAUUCUUUCUGGUUUAGUAGUUAAGCAUAUGGGUUUGGGGAUCAAAAACAUCUUUACUUAAAUUUUGGUUCUGCCAUUUUCUAGCCCUUUCAUCUUUGGAAAGCUAUUUUUUUCUAAGUCUCAAUUUCCUCUUAGUAAUAUGGAAAUCAAUAAUAAGAUCUAUUUCCAUAGGGUUGUCACAGUUUUAAAUAAAAUUAUGUAUGUAAAGUUCUUACCACAAUAUCUGGCAGAGAAUAAGUACUCAAUGUUAGAUAUUAUAAUCAGCAUAAUUAUUGUGUUAAAUAUAUUGCCCAAGAUAAUAUGUGGGGGAAUGUUUGUUUUAUAUGCAUAUUGUAUCCUGUGUGCAGAACACAUUAUGUGAAUUGCAUAUAUAUAAAAAAAGUGUACAAGGAAAUGAUGACCCUUGUUCAAAUCGCAUUUGUAGUUAGAACAACUUCCUAGUCAAUUCCAGUUCUUUGAGAAGCCUCAGGGAAAUAGCUCUGGGUCUUUCUAAUCAAUCUCCCAUUACCUAUGGCUGCUCCAGUAAGUUUCUGUUUCUUAUAAACAAAUUCUUUACGACUUGGAAAACCUCAAGGGCCCCCCACUCCUUCUUUGAGCAUGGGGCUCCUAACUGGUGUCCAGGUCCACUAGAGUAUAGGAAGAACAUAUUAGAACGAAUAUUUGUGUUUAUUUUUAUCUAGCUUUUUUAUGUUUAUGUAUGUUUUAUAAUGGCAUAAUAGUACAGUGGUACAUGUACAAAAUUUUAAAUAAAUAAAUGAAUGAAUAAAUAA